UCGCUGUAAGGCUCUAUCCGCCCCUGUCGAGGGCUCCUGGAGCCGCCGCUGUUCACUGCGCCUGUCGGGGGUCCUGCGCUGUUUGUCCUCCGCCGGCCGCUCCCGCAAGUUCCUCGGUCUGUUUGGGUCAGUCCGACCAUUGCGGCCCGGCCCUGGGCUCACCCCACGGCGAAACACACCACCCACCCUUGUUGACGUUUGUGCCGCGGGUCGGCCUGCGGCACUACGCGACCCGCGCCCGCCAUCGCCGCGGUGCCGCUGCCGUCGCCGCCCGGGUCGUGACGUCAGAGGCGGUGCCGUGACGUCACGGGCGGCGGGCCGCGGCCGGCGGCGACUCCCUGCCAGUGAUAGCUGUGACGCUGACAGGGAGGGGGUGCGGUCGACUGCGCUGUGAUCGAGCCGGACCGCGGCGGUCCACGGGCCGUGUGAGGAACGGAACGUGCAGAGGAGAGACAGGUCCGGAGAGAGUGUCUCCUGAGGACGGUGGCUGUCGGCGGCCGGCCCACGCCAAAGAGGAACGAGCCACCCACUCUUCAGGACAGGCUGCCGUUACCACUGACGAGCUCCAAACUACCAGCAACGGCCGAAGAGCGGCGAUCGCGAGUCAUGCCGCCGCGCCUGGCGACGCUGGCGCCCCUGGUGGCGGCGCUAGCAGCGCUGACAGCCGUAGCGAGGGCAGCGCCCGCGGAGGCGGCGUCACUGGCGGCCGGUGCUGCUGACACUGCAGCUGCGGCUGCGGCACCGACACCGGCGACCAUGCUGCCCAACUGCACCCGGUUCAGUGCCGAGAACGCCACGGAGCUCGAGGUGUUCUGUCUGCUGGACAACACGGACUUCCGGCUGCGCAUUUCGCACACGCCGACCCACUCGCGGCUGGUGGUCGUGUGCGAGCCGCACGAUGUGCGACGAACGGACUACGAGGCGCUGUACGCCAUGAACCUGCGACUGGGGGUGACGCACAGCGUGGUGCUGCACCAGUGCCCGCUGCCAGACGGGACGCUGCGGCACUUCGUGCACCAGCUGGGCGUGCGCGGUGUCCGGCUGGUGAAGGUGGUGUCCCUAGGCCUGCUCAAUGACACGAUGCCGGCCGACUUCCUCGACGGCAUGGACCUGGAGACGCUACAUCUGGACGGACUGACGCGCAUCCAACUGCACGACGACUUCUUCGCGUCCACCGGGAGUCUGCACAACUUGACCAUCACUGGUACCAACACGAGUCUUCCCGACGGGCUGCUCCGGCACACACCGCAGUUGCGGAAACUGCACAUCCGGAACCUGAACGCCGGCAGGCUACCCGUCACAUUCCUUCACGGACUGCAUAAUCUCACGAAGCUGUUGGCAACCCGAAACGGGCUUAGCGAACUGACACGAGAGCAUUUCCGUGACCUAGGGAGGCUCAGACACCUGGACCUGUACAAAAACAGUCUGGAGACGCUGCCGGGUGACGUGUUCGCGUCUCUGACCCAGCUGGAGGUGCUGCGCAUGGAGUGCAACCCAUUCCGAGCGCUGAACGAGACGCUGUUCGCCGGCACACCUCGUCUCAAGCUGCUGCGUAUCAACGGCCGGCUGAACGUGGACGUGGACGUGUCCUCUCUGCCGGCGGGCAUCUUCCGCGGCCUGUCGCACCUGGAGCUACUGAUGCUGGACCGGCUGGGGCUGCAGCGGCUGCCGCCCGGCCUGUUCCGCGACCUCACCGCCCUCCAAAACCUGACUCUGGACCACAACGAGCUGACCGAGAUACCGGAUGACAGCUUUGCCGAGCUGACCGCGCUGCUUAACCUGGAUCUCAGUCACAACCAGCUGCGCCAGCUAUCCUCGGGACUGCUGCGCGGCUUGAGAAGCUUAGACACCAUCUACUUGAACGGCAACGGUCUGACGGAGCUGCCGAACGAGAUGUUUGUCCGCACACCUCGCCUUCAGCGACUAUUCCUACAGGACAACAACCUCACAGAGCUGGGUGCUCGUGCGUUUACCGGUCUGGACUUCAGUCUCCGUCACCUAGACCUAUCUAACAACAGCCUAGUGUUAGACAGUCAUGAGUCUGCAUUCUCGACUGUACGCGAAGUCCGUAAUUUGGAUUUGCAUAGAAACCGCAUACGGAUGAUCCCAAGCCAGCUACGACUGAACUUGAUUAAGCUGGAAAGGCUGGAUCUUGAGCAUAACGACCUUCAGGCUAUUGACAUGUCAUCUCUGAACUUUUUGUCAUCCGGUACGGAGAUCAGUGUGAUGUACAAUAACAUUUCCAGAAUGGAUGUACGAUGGCUGCCAGCGGGCAAAGCCGAUCCAAACUUGAUAUACAUUGGCGAAAAUCCACUUAUUUGCAACUGCGAGACAAUAGGGCUGAACGUUUUCAUCAAUCGGACCAAUGUGACCCAGCCGGAGGGACUGCCCGGCCCUCCGUUUCUACUGAACACCAGACUGCUGAAAUGUGCAGGGCCGGCACCACUGGCUAACCGGACCUUCAGCACAGUCCCGGCGGAUGAGCUGGUCUGUCCGGUACCCGAGGGCUGUCCGGCCGGUUGUAACUGCACGAGGCAGCCUAGUCGAAGCACGCUCAUCACGGCCUGCUCAAGUCUGCCGGCCUGGACGCCGCCCGUUAAGCACGGUUACGCAGUCAGUUUGCGUGUGGAGGGAGCAGGCCUUCGCGACCUGGGCAACGUUUCCUGGUCGGAAGGACAGGUGGCCAGCCUCUAUCUGGGUCACAACCUUAUCAGCAACCCGACCCCGGCCCUGCUGCCGGCCGGUCUGAGCGAGCUGCGUCUCAACCACAACAACGUGUCACGCGUCAGCAAACAGUUCCUGGAGCGACUCGACGCCGCCUCCAACAACGACACGCGUCUCUGGCUGGGCGGCAACCCGUUCGUGUGCGACUGCGAGCUGCUACCGCUGCACCACUAUCUCCAGCUGCACAUCAGCGCCAACUCGCUGCGCAUCAUGGACGCCGCGCAGAUGGUGUGCGUCGGCGGCGAGCAGAACAGCGUCCUGAAGCUGACCUCCGAGCAGCUGUGUCCCUCUCGAACGGCCACCAUAGUCACCAUCUGCAUAGUGGCCGCAGCCGUCGCCACAUGCCUUCUGGUGAUGCUCUGCAUCUACUACCGCAACGGCGAGAUGCUCAAGGCGUGGCUGUACUCGCACAACCUCUGUCUCUGGUUCGUCACCGAGGAGGAGCUGGACGCAGAUAAGAAGUACGACGCGUUCAUCAGCUACUCGCAUUUGGACGAACACUUUAUCCUGGAGCAGCUGGUGCCGGAGCUGGAGUGCGGCGACCCCAAGUACACACUCUGUUUGCACUUCCGCGACUGGCUGGCCGGAGAGUUUAUCUUGGACCAGAUCCAGACCUCUGUGCAGGACUCACGCCGCGUCAUUGUCGUCGUGUCCAAAAACUUCAUCCAGAGCGACUGGGGCCGGCACGAGUUUAUCGCUGCCCAUAAGCAGGCGCUCAGUGACCGGCGCAACCGCGUGAUUAUGAUCGUCUACGGCGACCUACCCGACCCGGAGGACAUGGCUCCCGAACUGCGGCUCUACAUCAGUACGAACACCUAUCUUAAAUGGGGCGACGCCCACUUUUGGCAGCGUCUCCGCUACGCCCUGCCACACAAGGGCCGACGCCUGAAGCGAGGCAAGGGUCGCAAAACCGAGAAGCUUGGUAUGCUCGGGAUGGUGAACGGUACGGGCCCGCCGGUGGCCAACGGCAUCACACUGCCGUCCGGAAACGGGAUGCACGCCCCCGCUCUGGGCAAACUGGGCACCGACGCCGUUCACCAGACGGCCGACCAGAUGGUGUAGACGGACCGACACUGGGCCGCGUGUAGUUAUCUAGUCAGCUCGGCGAGGAUGGGGCCGGAUGCUCAGCAGUGCUGUCGGCAUAGCCUCCGAACCGCGUGAGUUUCAGAAAUCAGGAGUGUUUGGACUGGGAAAAGACUGAAGGGCGUGGCGAUUUUCAGUGCUCUGGCGUGAUCAGACGACACUGAUAGAGUGGUGUUGUUGCUGCACCCGUUGUGAGUGAGUUCGCAUCGAUCCCCAAAGCCACGCUUGUCGCCACGCCGAUUCCGAGCGUCUGUGAUAUUGUGUAUCAGCUGUUGUUGUGUUAUGUACCUGGGGGUUUUCCGUGAUGAUGCUCUUGUUUCCGCUCGAUGCCUACCAACGCUGACUGUUAGCACCUCACCACUACCGCUCCGCUCUGGGGAGAUGUUGCGCUCAUGUAGCAAAAUAGCGGCAGACGCGGUAGUGCACGUAUGUGCGUGACAUGACAAUUUAUGUCGCUUCCCGUUUUAGCUCGCUGGAUGUCGCGGCCUGCCAUGCAUUGCUGUCGUUGCAUGCUCUAUAAUGCAGCACAUGUUCCCAACUCGUUCAUAUCCAUUUUAUUGAUUGGCUCAUGUUAAAUAAUAUGUAACUGUGCAUUUA